AUGUAUCGCAUUGGCUCGAUAGGUGGUGAAGAUGUUUUAAUCUGCUUCGAACACCUGUGCCAGGCUCGGCAUGAUGACAGCUCUAGCGCAAGGACCACAAACGACCGUGCUGCUGUUGUUUUCGUCCAACCUCACCGUGUUGGCUUUGGAGAGGUGAAGGAGAGCUUCGCCGUUGACCAGAGACAGUUUUGUCGGUACCCAUGUGCUACCGAUGUCUCGUUUUCGUUUAUCUUCCGUUAUACGGGGCUUCUUUGA